CAAGAAACCAGCGCGUCCUCCGAUCCCACUGCGCACGGCGCGCCACCGCCCACCGCCACCCCUGUCCACCUGCCCCCGUCUCUCUCGGUCGCCGGCGACGAUGACGCGCCCGCGCGCCGCGGCGGCAUCCUUCGUGCUCGUCCUCCUCGCCUCCGCCGCCGUGUCCCUGACCACGGCCACGGCCGGCAGCGGCAGGGAGGGCAAGCACGGCCAGCGGCAGCAGGCCAGCGUGUACAUGGUGAUGGUGAAGCCCCCCGCCCAGGGCGUCGACUGCGAGGCCUACCAGAUGGGCAUCCUCGCCGCCGCGCUCGGCAGCGAGGCGAGAGCCAAGGCGGCGCUGGUCUACAGCUACAAGGCCGUCGUCAGCGGGUUCGCCGCCAAGCUCACGCCGGCGCAGGCCGCCGCGUUGCAGAAGCAUCCUGACGUUCUCCAGGCGCUGCCAGACGUGAAGUACACCCUUCAGACCGACAGCAACCACCUCAACUGAGUGCUUUUCAGCCCUUCAAAAAAGACACAUAGUUCAGUUCAGUACUGUGUUCUGCUUCACCAAGUAUAUUACCUCGUAAUAUUACGCGCGCGUGUAAGCGUGGGCACAACCUAGGUGUCUGACAGUAGAACAAGCUAGUUUACACCACCAGAGAAUUUGGUGUCAUUGUUAUACGAUGUUCA